AUGGGAGACGAUGCCUGGCCUAAGCGCCAAAGAGAGGACGCCGUGUUGUGGGACGAUAAAUUCGUCGAGAUGGUUGUCGCAGAAGAGAGUCGAGAAGCAGUGGUUGAAGGCUCGCGCCUCAACCAAGAUGCACGAUUUCUGCGACCGCUUUCGGGACACUCACCGGGGAAGGGGAAGGACGUUGAAUUCCUUGUCCACGCCAUAGAGAAGUAUCUCCCGGCUGAGGACAAGGAGGAAGAUGAGAAGGAGGAGAGAAGCAGGAAGUCAAGAGACCCCGAGCCGCCCCCCCACCACGACAACCCAGCAUCGGUCACGCCUUCGAUGUCCAGAAGAGCGAUCAAGCCCAGGUGUUCUCUCAGAAUGGCCCCUUGGAUGACAAGCCCCUGGACGAAGAAUGAGGGAGGAAGGGCUCUGCAGCCUGCGCGUCUUGUACCGUAG